AUGGCGGCGUCCUUGGGCUGGCACUCCACCUCAGGGACGGACGCGGUGGCAAAAGAAGGGUGGUGCUCAGUGUGGAAGGCUGACAAAACACCACCUCUUGCCCUCUUCACUGGAGGGGCACAAGUGGAAAAGGCAGAAGGCAGCCUGGGGGACACCCAGUUCAGCUUCCGCUUCCGCCAGUCGGGGGGCUGCCGGCGGGGCGCCCUGUGGGAGGACGGCCGGGACUACGACCGCCAAGCCCCCCUUGGCCUACAGCGGGAGCCUGCUCAUUAUUUCGGCUACGUGUACUUCCGGCAAGUGAAAGACGAUUCUGUGAAGAGAGGCUAUUUCCAGAAGUCCCUCGUCCUGGUGUCUCGCCUGCCUUAUGUGAACCUUUUCCAGUGUCUGCUGCAGCUCAUCGCUCCCGAGUACUUUGACAAGUUGGACCCGUGUCUGGAGGCAGUGUGCAGCGAGAUCGACCAGUGGCCGCCCCCCGUGCCUGGCCGGAGGCUGAACCUGCCUGUGAUGGGCGUCGUCAUUCAGGUGAGAGUGCCCUCAAGGGUGGAGAAGCCUGGAUCCAGCCCAGACCUGUCAGUCAGUCAGGAGGCCCUCCUGCCGGCCCCGCUCGCUCUCAGCAGCGUCUACGAACUGGACCUCUUCAGGUGUUUCCAGCCCGUGCUGACCCACGUGCAGAUGCUGUGGGAGCUGAUGCUGCUGGCGGAGCCGCUGGUGGUCCUGGCCCCGUCCCCGGCCGUCUCUUCCGAAACGGUUCUGGCCCUGACCAGCUGCCUGGCUCCCCUGAAGUACUGCUGCGACUACCGUCCCUAUUUCACCAUCCACGACAGCGAGUUCAAGGAGUACACCACCCGGACGCAAGCCCCGCCCAGUGUCCUGCUGGGAGUCACCAAUCCCUUCUUUAUCAAGACGCUGCAGCACUGGCCCCACAUCCUCCGGCUUGGGGAGCUCAAGAUGGCUGGAGACCUGCCCAAGCAGGUGAAGGUGAAGAAACUUGCCAAGCUGAAGAUCCUGGAUGCCAAGCCAGGACUUUAUUCGUCCUAUAAGCCAUUCUUGCACAAGGACAAAGGCCUCAUCAAGAGACUCCUAAAGGGCAUCCAUAAGAAGCGUUCCUCCGAAGCCCAGAGCGCCCUGCUGAGGCGGCACCUCCUGGAACUCACGCAGAGCUUCCUCAUCCCCUUGGAGCACUACAUGGCCAGUCUCAUGCCGCUGCAGAGAGCCGUCACCCCUUGGAAGAAUCCCCCUCCGAUCCGCCCGUUCCAGCAGGAGGAGUUCCUGAAAACCCUCGAACAGGCCGGGCCUCAGCUCACUUGCAUGAUCAAGGGGGACUGGAUGGGCCUGUACAGGCGGUUCUUCAGGUCCCCCAACUUUGAUGGAUGGUACCGCCAGCGGCACAGGGAGAUGAUGCACAAGCUGGAGGCGCUGCACUUGGAGGCCAUCUCGGAGGCGAACAUCGGGACCUGGAUGAAGCACAAGUCCGAGGUGGAGGUCGUUGACCUGGUGCUGAAACUCCGGGAGAAGCUGGUGCAAGCCGGGCACCACCGCCUGCCUGUGAAGGAGGAGACGGUCCAGCGGGUGGGCCAGCACAUCACCACCAUCCUCGGGGCCUUGCCGGAGGAUCUCCAGGCCGUUCUGCGCCCACAGUGAGCGAGCAGCCUGGCCGGCCCGGGCCGCAGUCGUCAUUUGGGAAGCCUGCCUGCCUGCCUGCCUGCCUGCCUGCCUGCCUGCCUGGGACGCCUGGUGGCCUCGGCUUCCUGCGUUGGCCUGGAGGGGCCCUCCUGUCUGUCAGCUCCCCCCAACCCCGCCCAAGGGCUGGCGCUCGGUUGCCUCCAUGCCUGCCGGAUGAUGGAGAAAAGGGGGUCACCGGAUUGGGGCCUCUGUCUAUUUGGCUCAGGAAGGGCUUGGAGACACACACCCCACACAACCCCCCCCCACACACACACACCCGUCUCCACGUGGCUCUUCUGGACCCUCCCCCCUUGCAGUCCUGAGGCCAAGGAGGGCCCCGCCUGGUUCUCCUCCCUUGGGGUGUGGAGUCUGCUUUGUGGCCCCUGUGUGUGUGUGUGAGCAGAAACGGGGGGUGCCUGG